UGCAGUCAGACAUGUCAUACGCUUCGCUGUUGCAGUAGUCGAAUGGCUCGUUGCCUACCGUGUAGUAGAGGCUUUCUAUGUGUUCGACAUGUCUUGGUAUUGGUACUGUUAGUAUUUGGUUGGUACACUGCUGAUUAGUUACAAAAAGUAACACUGCAGAAAUAUUGUUCGUAAUCUCUUUUUUGACAACGUAUUAUGAAAAGGUUUCACAAAAAAAACCUAAUUCACUUUAGGAUAACAUCAGUUAUUUUUAUUUAUAACUACAAUAUACUUUAAGUAAAAUAGGCUCAAAAUGUGUCAACAUUGAAGACCUCGAACAGUGAUACCAUAAUCAACACUUGGCGCUUUCAUUCAUCUUCAAAUCAAAAUUACUUUAUAUCAAUAUGGCGGAUAAAUCGGAAAGGUCGCAAGAUGCUAAUAAUCAGUCGAGGUCGCAAGUCAAAGUCAAGGAUGAGCCGAUGGACUUGGACUUGCCGGAGGAGGACGACGUGCCGCCAGCGUUUGGGCCUGCAGCACUCGGCCUUCACAGAGUGGGAACAAAGUUACCGCCAAAACCAGCGCCCAGCGAACCAGUGCAAAAACUCAAUGCAAGAGGAAUGCCUGCACGCAUCAGAAAAAAAAAUAGAUUUAUCUUUGUUGACGAUUUUGUGAAUACCUCUCCUCCCAGGCAGUCACCAAAGCGAAUUCCAAAGAUAUUGUCUAAAACACCUAACAAACAAUCAAGUGUUAAAAAACAGAAAUCCCCUUCAAAAGUGCAAAGAAACCAUGACAAGCAUGAUGAUAAAAUAGAGACUGUGAACAGUCAGUCACCAGACCGCAAAUCGGGGCAACGGAUUGGCAUGAGACUUAGAAACCUUCUUAAACUCCCUAAAGCCCACAAGUGGGUAUGUUUUGAGUACUUUUACAGCAACAUUGACAAAGCUUUGUUUGAUGGUGAGAAUGAUUUCAUGAUCUGUCUCAAAGAAUCGUUUCCCCAGUUGGCCAAUCAUAAGCUCACUCAGGUUCAGUGGGCUAAAAUCAGAAGAAUGAUGGGCAAACCUCGCCGAUGUUCCCAAGCAUUUUUUGCUGAAGAACGUAAGGAAUUAGAAAGGAAGAGGAAAUUAAUAAGGUAUAUUCAACAGAGGAAAAGUGCUGAUAUAUGUAUCAAAGAUUUGCCCAAUGAAAUUCCCAUGCAAUUAGUAGUGGGAACUAAAGUAACAGCACGGCUGCGCAAACCUCAGGAUGGACUUUUUACUGGAUGCAUAGAUGCUGUUGACACCUCUAACAACACAUAUAGGAUAACAUUUGAGAGACCAAAGUUGGGCACUCAUUCUGUUCCCGACUAUGAAGUUUUGUCCAAUGAGCCACCUGACACAAUAUGUCUGUCCAGUAUAACACAGAAGUUUAGACCAAGAUAUGUUAUGCAAGAAAUAAUCAAUUUGUACAAUCCUUCAGUACAAAAUAACAACACGCAAGGAGAUCCUAUGAUUGGUUGCUCAGAUAUAACAAAACAGUUGGACACUAUUGGGAGCUAUCCAUUCCCACUCCUGGAACUAAUUGUAAAAUUGACUAAAGUUUUGCAGGCAAAAAAGGCAAAAAUUAACAGAUUAAAGGAAUAUAACUGCGAAGCAGAGAAGAGAAAAUCAUUUGGACAAAAGAUGCCUGAAGAUUUUGAAAGGAAAUAUGCUGCAGUUGUUAUCGAUUUAGAAAGAAUGAACAUGGAUUUGCAAGAAUAUAUAAAUGAAGUGCAGACAUAUUGCCAACAGAUUGCUCCAGGACCGAGCCUAGCUGCGAUGCUGGCACCCUCACAUUUGCGGGAGAAAUGCAGGGAGGAGGCUGCAAUAUUAGUAGAGAAAAACCAUAAUGGAUCAGUCAAGGAUGCCACAUUGAUUGACCUUGUAACUGACCUCACUGCUUUGAUGUUGCAAGUCAAAAGUUUAUCUGAUUCUGAUCAAAAUGCUUAUGAAUUGUGUGUGCUGCAAGGAACCAUGGACCAGAUAAAAAUGAAACUCGAGCCACAACAUCAAAGGCAAUUCCAAAAUAAUGUAGAAAUACACAUGCAAAGGAUUCAGAUGGGAUUAGGGCAAGUGGCAUCUAACAGUUAUGUUAUUGGAUAAUUCCACUGUUUGCUUAAAAUACAUAUCGUCAGCAAUUUCAAAUACUUCUCUAUAUGUCAAAAAUAGUAACUGAAAACUGAACAAAGUAUUUCUAUAUAUUUAUCUUAUUUUAAUCAAAAAAUAUUAAGUCACUUUCUUGGAAGCCAACCUUACAUUAUUUAUUAAUUUAGAGUCUGACUAAGCAAUGACAAAGUGUGUCAUCAUUAAUGUCAAAUUCCGAUCAUGUUUAUGAUGACACUCCCUCACUUUCUUCUAUUAAAGUUGGUGCAGUUAGCUUAGACGGACUCCAAAGAAACCUCAGAGAUGGCGCAUUCACCUUUUCAUACAAUUGAAGUUAUGCUGUCAUUUUAUAAUGACAUGCUGGAAUAACAUGAAAAUUGAAGUUACAUAUAUCUAUCCCUGAAAUUAGUAUUCAUUGUUUUUUGUAUGUAUAUAUAUUCUACUCAUUCUAUUUUCUUUGUACAGUCAGCGUCAAAUACUUUGUAGCAACCAAAGUAGCCAAAUAGUUCGGUACACCAUAUAUUUAGUAUGGUGUACCGAACUAUUUGGCCACUUUGACUGCUACAAAGUAUUUGACGCUGACUGUAUUACAAUUUCUAGUUAUAUGUUACUUCCAUGGUCAUGGCAAGUUUCAAGCUAUUUUAGCAUGUAAUAUUAAAAUGAGGGUGCGAAUACGUUUGUAUGGCGGCAGCUCUGUACUCCAAAAGAACAACCAUUUUAAACUGUUUUUAUGUCAACAAACUUCCCAAGAUUUUGAUGUGCUAUGUAUGAAAUGAACUUAACUGGUUAGUUUAUAUGCAAAAUUUUAUAUUUUAUUGAAUAAGAGUAGCUUAUGUAAAAUGAAUAAAUAUUGUUUGCCAAUGUUGAUCAUUGUUGAUAACUCUGCCAUGGCCUUAUUUUGGUGUCAGUCAAUAAUAUGCUAUUUUUAAAUUUGUGAUUUAUUUUAAUCUAUAACAUACUUAUUACAAUGUGUAUAAUCAUUUAUACCUUGUUUUGUAACUCUGACUCAUAUCUGUAUGUUUAUGCGCUAUAAAUGUAUUAUAAAAGAAAAUGUAUAUAAAAUAUAAUAAAAAAGCAAUUAACUACA